AUGGACAUCGCCAUGGGGGUGAUGAACACCCUCCUCCCCAAGCUUGCGAAACUGAUGGUUGGCGAGUACAAGCUGCAGAAGAGUGUCAAGGGAGAGAUCAAGGAACUCGAGGAUGAGCUGAUAAGUAUGACCACAGCCCUCCACAAGGUGGCUGAAGUGCCGCCGGACCAGCUUGAUGAGCAGGUCAAGAUCUGGGCCAGCUAUGUGAGGGAGCUUUCAUAUGACAUAGAAGAUGAAGUUGACACAUUCAUGUUGCACGACAAGGAGCACGAACAUACCAGCCCAUUCAGACUCGAGGGGCUCAUUGGUAAGGCCGCCGAUCUAUACAAGAAGGCAAAGACUAACCAUAAGAUCUACAAUGUUAUCAAAGACAUCAAGGACCAGGUCAAGAAGGUUGCUGAGCGUCGUGAUAGGUACAAGAUUGACAACAUCGCUGCAAGGCUAGCUAUGGUGGCUGUUGAUCCUCGCUUAGAAGGUAUGUACAGAAAGGCAACAGAGCUGGUUGGCAUUGGCCAGCCAAAGAAGGAGCUAGCUAAACGACUCUUGGAACAGAUCCACUCGUCAACAUGGAGGCAGCAAUCAAAUAUAGUUUCUAUUGUUGGAUUUGGAGGAUUGGGGAAGACAACUCUUGCCAAUUCAUUGCUUCAAGAUCUUAAAGCAAAAUUUGAUUUUCAUAUUUUUGUCUCAGUCACCCUUAAUCCUGACAUAAGGAAAAUUUUCAAGAACAUCCUUCUCCAACUUGAUGAGAAGAAGUAUAGCCACUUAGAUGAAGGAUGGGAAGUGAACCAGCUAAUUGACAAAAUUAUAGAAUUUCUCCAGAAUAGAAGGUGUUUGUGCGUGAUUGAUGAUUUAUGGAAAGAAUCGGCCUGGGAUGCCAUCAAACUUGCUUUCCCAGGUGGUCAUCCUGAGAGCAAGAUAACCACUUGCAAUAAGACUGUUGCAGAACAUGUUGGCGGUGGUGUUUAUGAACUGAAACCACUUUCUGAUUUUGGUUCAAGAAAGUUGUUCAACAAGAGAAUAUUUGACACUGAUGAGGAGAUGCAACAACCUGCAGGGACAAGCUUGGAGGAGAUAGGAGAGAACUACUUCAGCGAGCUCAUCAAUCGAAGCCUGAUCCAGGCAGUAGAAGAACCUCUCAUUUUUAAGCGAGAUGGCCUGGUGCAUUCUUGCCAAGUGCAUGACAUGGUGCAUGAGCUAAUAAAUCAGUUGUCAGCGGAAGAAGCUUUUGUUACAACGUUGUUGUUAGAUGGUCAACAAGUAGGCACAAGUACACCUGCGAUGCAACAGCAGAAGAUCCGCCGGCUGUCUCUCCGUAACAGCAACAAAUCCUAUGGCUCGCCAGACGAAGCAAUGGAGAAGCUGUGUAAAGUGAGGUCACUUGAUAUCUUUGGCAAGGUCGAGUCGAUACCGCCCCUGUCGAGCUUUCUUGUCCUGCGUGUGUUGCAGGUCGAUGACUGCUCUGGUCUAGAUAACAAUCAUGUCAAUGAUCUUGGCAAGUUGCGUCUCCUGAGAUUUCUGCGACUACAUGGUUUGAAUGUCACAAAGCUACCCGAGAGUAUUGGCGAGCUGGAGUCUCUCGAGACAUUAGACAUAAGAGGUUCCAUGAUAAGUUUGCCACUGUCUUUCGGUAAACUAGUGACUGAGAUUGGUAAGCUGAGACAGCUAAAGGUCCUUGGAUUAUCCAUCUUCCUCGAUAAUUUUGACACCAAGAACGAAUUGAUCUUCAAGUGCCUACAAAUGUGCCCUAGUAUACAAGUAUUGUUCCUUGAAGCCUCCACUGGAGAAUAUCCCCUGGAUUUCAUGGAACAGGUGCCUUGUGGUCUCCAGAGAUUCGUGAGCAAUGGCUUAUUUAUGAUGACAUCCCCAAGGUGGAUUAAUCCGUCGCUCUCUCGUCUCACUGCCGUAACCAUCGGACUCCACCAUGUGGAUGUCCAGCCUGAGCACCUUGACAAUCUUGCUGGGCUUCCAUCUCUCCGCUUUCUCAGACUAUACGCACUUCAUUGUUCACAAAAUCAGGAAAUGCUCAUUUGUCCCAGUGGGGCAUCUGCGUUCCCGUGUCUAACAGAACUUCAGUUUGAGUGUCCCCUAAUGUUCCUUAAGUUUCAACACGGGGCUAUGCGAAAACUUCAAAGACUUCAACUUUCAUUUGAUGCUAUGUGGACUAAUCGACAUUUUGCCACAAACUUUGAUUACGGCUUGGAGAACGUCCCUUCUCUCCGUCAUGUCGCUGUUCAGUUAAUCCCGGAUCUUUGUAAGAUCAAGGGUGCCGACUAG